AAUGGGAGGAUAUCUUUCAUAUUUGAAGCCUGAACCACUUGGAACGGUUCUCAAUACUUCCUGCGGGCCUGUUCUAGGAAACCUCUAUCGUCAUGGAGACAAAGAGGUUCAUGGAUACUUAGGAAUGCCAUACGCCAAGCCUCCAACGGGCGAAAUGCGAUUUGCAAAACCAGUCCCCGCGGAUGACUGGACAGAAACUAGAGACUGUACUAAAUAUGGUCCCAGAUGCCCACCUUCUGGGCAAGGACUCGAAAAAGGAAUGUUCGUGAAUCCAGAUGAGCCUGAUGAGGCAAAUGGGCUGUCUGUAAAUGUUUUUGUUCCGGGAUGGGAGUCCAGUGAAUAUAAAAAUGCGCGCCCAGUGAUGGUAUAUGUGCACGGUGGUGGAUUUGAAAUUUCUUCAUCCAGAGAAUUUUGUGAUUAUUCUAUUUCAAGCACUCUUCCAAUGAAAGAUGUUAUCCUUGUCACUAUGAAUUAUCGCCUUGGAAUUCUUGGAUUCUUUACUACCGGAGAUGAAGUUUGUCCUGGAAACUUUGGAUUAUGGGAUCAAACUCUCGCUUUACAAUGGGUUCAAAAACAUAUUGCCUCAUUCGGAGGGGACCCAAAUAAUGUCACACUUUUUGGGCAGAGUGCAGGUGGAGCUUGCGUAGAUCUUCUCACGUUGAGUCCGCAUUCUAGAGAUCUUUUCCAAAAAGUGGUUCCGAUGUCCGGAUCAGCGAUGUGUGAGUUUGCAAUGCGUACUGCAGAAAAUGAAGCACACGUUUUUGAUGAUAUUCUGGCCAGGCUAGGUUUUACAGGAUCAGGAUCAAAAGAAAGACUAGAAUUCAUGAGAAGCCUGCCAUGUGAUAAAAUUACUGGAAAAACAGGAUAUACAUAUAAACAGUCUGGAUUCAUGAGCUUGUGCCCCAAUUACGAUGGGGAUUUCUUCCCGAAACCAUUGGAUGAGUUGAGAAAAGAUGCUUCAAAACGGAUUUUGAUGACCGGAAUAGUUGGGAACGAGGGGCUUCUGUUUGCAUUCGACCGCAAUACGCCAUACAAAGAUUACACGGAUCUUUUGAGAUUGAAGAUAGAAGAAGAUUACAAAGAAGACGUCGUAGAUGAUGUUGAAGGAAUUCGUAAAGAAAUUUUCGAAUACUACACAAAAAAUAUUUCUGAAGGAGAUGAAGAAGCCAUAAUGAGAAAAGCUGCAGAAUUUGUUGGAGACUCCAUUUUCCAUACAGGAGUUCGUGCAACUGCUCAGAAUGCCGCAGAGCACGGGGACGAAGUUUGGCUCUAUAAUUUCGAUUACUGCAAUCCGGAUGGAUUCGCUCCACUCAAGGGUUAUCUGCCAUACAUAGAACCAACGCACGGAAUGGAGCUUCGGUAUCUGUUCGGUGACGGAAUAAUCAGCAAGUUUGAGCCAACGGAAGAAGAACUCAAGAUGCUUGACAAAUUCACAACAAUGUUCGCUAACUUUGCCAAAUACGGAAAUCCAAAUGAAACUGGCUCCAGUGCAUGGGAAAAGUUCGAUCCGGCCCGUCCUGGAAGACAUUAUCGCAUCAGUUAUCCAAACAGCGGAAUGGAGGAUGAGUUCAGUGGUGGAAGAUGGAAAUUCUUGGAAGAGAUCCGAAAGAAGAACAAAUCAUUCCAACAAAAUGUAUAUGGAAAGAAAAUUUGAAGACAUAUUUGUUUCAUUAUGAUGCUUGAAGAUUCAAUAAAAAUUUAUUGAAUAA